CCGGACGCGGAGCCGCCCCCGGGAGCGCAGCGCCCGCCCCUUCCGCUUCCGCCGCCGCUUCCGCCGCCAUGAUCGGGGACCUGCUGCUCUGCGGGACGCUGCUGCUCAACGCCGGCGCCGUCCUGAACUUCAGGCUGAGGAGGAGAGACACGGAGGGGUUCGGCGAGGAGUCCCGGGAACCCAGCACCGGUGACAACAUCAGAGAGUUCCUGCUGAGUCUCAGGUAUUUUCGGAUCUUCAUUGCCUUGUGGAACGUCUUCAUGAUGUUCUGCAUGAUCGUGUUGUUUGGAUCCUGAGGGUCAUCCGCAAAUACAUCUGUGAACUCGGAAAAGACUUUUGGCUGGAACCUCCAUUUUCUAUAAGGUCAAAGAUUCCAACGCGUUCAAAGUGCAGCCCUGGGCUGGUGGCACCGGCUCCUCCCGCGCUGUCGGGACACGUUCGUCCUGGGCCAGUCGUGUAACGGCUCGGUGCGCGUUGGUUCUCGCUGCCGGGGGACUGAGCCUUUGUGCCCCGAGCCACAAAUCUUCAAAGUUAAACCAUUUGAUCUUUACCGAAACAAAGAGAAGUUUCGGUGGCUUUGCUGGGCUGAGGGCAGCGCUGGGGCGCAGGGAGCCGCGAUGCGCAGCCCGACCGCCGCCGUCGGUCCCUCCCGGCCCGCGCCGCGCCGCCGGUGUCACCGCUGCCCAGGGCUCCGCCACAUCACACCCUCGUUCUCAUUUCUGUGAAGUUGAGCAAAGUCUUGGUGUAACUUCUCACUGUUCCGUUGUGGUGGAGAAGUGGAAAAGGAUGCUUAAGAAAAAUUGGAUUCUCAUCUUCUCACUGUUUUUUUCCAGCAAAAUGGUUUUUUAAAUUUUUUUUUUUUAAUCACUAUUUUGAAUAGGAACAAUAGUUCUGUAAGCCGCUCCCAAGGACUGGUUUUGGAAUAACCCUGGAUUGGGUUGAAUAAAGUUGUUCUAUUUAAGGGUAAAA